CUUUGUGGUUCCAAGAGGCAUGGAGAAAAUCAUCGACUACAUUAAGAAAAGAUACAAUAAUAAGCCCAUGUUUGUCACCGAAAACGGAUUUUGUCCACCACCGCAACAAAGUGAACAAGUUCUUGAAGAUACAAACAGAAUCAAGCUUCACAAGGACUACCUGUCGGGUUUGGCCAGUGCAAUAAGGAAUGGAGCCGAUGUUCGGGGAUAUUUCAUAUGGUCUUUGAUGGACAACUUUGAAUGGGCAAGUGGUUACAGACUUACAGUGUAACGUUCGGGCUAUACUACGUCGAUCGCCAA